AUGUUUGCACCUCCGGGUUUUAUGAUGCUUCCCGAAAAGAAGCCUCAAUCUAAAGGUUUCCCGUAUGAUCUUUUCGAAAAUCCAUAUAAAUGGAUGGCGGAACCAACCUACCUAUCCCCUUCCAGUUCUCUGGAAUGUUGCCGCCUGCGUCUCGCUAAGCGACGUCGACGUCAAACUCAAAUUCGACGACUGAUUUUGAAUCAUUUAAAUGGGGACGCAAGUGUGCUGUCUGACUCAAUUCACUGUAGCAAUGGUUUUGAGGAGGCGUUACACCAGUGUGCUCUGUUGAAAACCCUCAAAGAUCGACUCAAAUAUAAGUCUUUUGGAAAUGGUUCCUUCGAUGAGUCGGCUGCGAAAAAAUCGCUGAUUUUCCCAAUGCUGCGGACUAUCCAACCAUUGCGGCUCUCUAAUUCCAUUCUGCGUCUCCUACACCAAGGUCUCGAUGGGUUACCGCUUUCCCAGGGCUACAGUUUCAACAAGGGUCGUCUAGUUCGUCGAGGUGGGGAAAAUAAUGCUUCUUCCUUUCCUACUUCAUCCUCCGAUCUCUCACGCAAUCCGGAUUCAAGGGAGGGUCUUUAUCUUAGCACUUCUACUUUCCUCAAGGGUACUCAGAGCGCCAAUCCUCAUAAUGACUACUGUCAACACUUUGUUGACACUGGGAAACGACCUCAAAAUUUCAUUCGUGACACUGGAUUGAGGAAUCGUUUUGAGGAGUACCCGAAGUUGAGAGAGUUAAUUCGCCUCAAAGACGAACUUAUUCAGUCGCGAGUCACACCGCCCAUGUACCUCCGGGUUGAUCUCCGUACAUUUAAUCUGCAAGAUCUAAAUUCCGUCUUUGAUGUCAUUUUGGUGGAACCGCCACUAGAUCGUUCUUGGUCAUGGCAGGAGAUUGAGGCGUUGGAAAUCGAGAAAAUUGCUGCAUCACGCUCUUUCAUUUGGAUUUGGUGCGGAAGUGGUGAGGGUCUCGACGGAGCCAGAAGGGUGCGUCGCUUCUACAUUAUCAUUUCCACAGCCUCCCUCAUUCAGGCCUCUUGGUGCCGCUGUGGGGAGGAAUAUCCUGUCUUAGAACAGUGUCUGAAGAAGUGGGGCUUCCGACGCUGCGAAGACAUCUGUUGGAUAAAGACAAAUAAGACACGACCCUGCCACGAGCAACUGGAGCCGGGUGCAGUGCUUCAGCGCACAAAGGAGCACUGUCUCAUGGGCAUCCACGGCACUGUGCGUCGUUCCGUCGAUGGCGAUUUUAUCCACGCUAACCUAGACAUCGAUCUCAUCAUCAGUGAGGCCAAAGUUCCUGGUACCUAUGGGGAUAGAGACAAACCCACCGAGAUCUUCCACAUCAUCGAACACUUCUGCCUUGGUCGUCGUCGUCUCCACCUCUUCGGUCGUGAUAGCACUCUCAGAGCCGGAUGGUUGACUUUGGGGAGCGAGCUUUCGGCGAGCAACUUUGACUCACAAGUUUACACGAGCUACUUCACUCGUGAACCCAACGGUCACUUGGUGGGCAGUUCAGACGAGAUCGAACGCCUACGGCCUAAGUCACCCCCUCCAAUCGCUGCCGUCUGGCACUCGGGAAGUGCGAACACUAUGGGGCAGCAGGCAUCGCGAACGGCUCUCUCGCAGCCUACCGUUACUCCUUCUCUUCUCGGCAAACCGACUGCCUGUUGCCUCCAGCAAGCUCUACCACAGGCACUGCCCCACCAUCGAGCAAUGGGUGCUGUCGACCAGAGCGCUCUUCUUAAUCUUCUCUCUCUCUCCGCGCAGAAUUGCCUCACGCAUCCGCUUUUGCCAUCCCUCGUGGGUCAGUCGCCACGUCCGGAAGGUGGUGUUUCGACGGAAAACUUGGCCUCCCUCCAGACAGCACUCUUAUUGAGGCAUCCCUCUCAGAGCCUGCAUUUGCAGCUGGCACCCACUUCUAGCUGUCUUGGUGAUGGGGAUAAAAUGGCCCUUGCGAUGCAAAUGUUCGCUGCUGCCGCCUCGUCCCUGCAACCAGGUGAUCUCCGCAAUACCACUGGUCCACCUGUUCCCUCUGCAUUCAAGUGA